AUGGCACGCCAUGAUGACUCAGGCGGUGUCAGCGCUUUGGUUCGACACACGGCUGGUAUGGCUGAAUUAGCAAUUAGUGCAGGUCAUCCAGAUCGAAAGCACAAUGAAUAUUUACCAUAUCCUGAUAGAGAUUUUGACGAUCCUGUCGAUAAUCGUUUUCAAAAAGCUGAAAAAUUUACUGUUGGCCAUAUAUUUGAUCGCAAUGGACGAACAUUUGUUCCUAAUGUUCCAGUUAUUGUUGUAGCAAUUGUUGCUGAACGCACGUACGCGGGUUUUACAGAAUUUCUAAAUCCUUACUUAUAUUGCAUAACAACAAGACAUGGUCCAUUUGAAUGGACUAUUUAUAAACGUUAUCGAAAUUUCAACGAUCUACAUAAAGCUUUAGUUCAAUUUGUUGAAAGUGACACACAGCAAUCUAUCGGUGAUUCAGAAAAAAUACAAGACGAAGAUAAUGAAAAUCCGUGUUUUCCAACUAGAAAUGAUCGAUUAGCAUUUAUUAACAAUAAUAUUGUUCAAGAACGUUGUCAAAUUCUACUUGAAUAUCUCAAUAAAAUUCUAAGACAUCCGAAAUUUCGUAAUCAUUCAGCAAUGCGUGAAUUUUUUGGUGUUAGCUGUGUCUCGUUCGUCUAUGGUUUAUCAGUUAGCAUCAAAGAAGCCUAUUUACUCAAACGAUCUCAUGAUGAUUAUCGUGGUCACAGUUUCUUUCUACGUUUGCCAUUUCUUUGUGAUGCAUGUAAAUUUCAUCAUGGUCGAAAAUGGUUUGUUGUUAAAGAUUCUUAUAUUACUUAUAUACGUCCCGAUACAUAUGAAAUACGUUUUCCAAUGUUGGUUGAUCGUGGUUUUGAAAUUGCUAGUGGUUUUCGCCAAACGAGGACACAACAUGGUAUAAAAAUAACAAAUUUGCAACGUACAUUACUUCUUAAAUGUCGAAAUAAUCGAGAUUGUGAUGAAUGGACACAACAUUUGUUAAAUUUAAAAGAGCAAGCUAACAGUUUUGUUAGUGCCACAGCAAGUCGUUUUAAUUCAUUUGCACCUGUUCGUCAGAAACAACUAGCUUAUUGGUUUGUCAAUGGUAAAAGCUAUAUGAAGGCAGUUGCAAAAGCACUUUUAACAGCCAAAGAAGAAGUCUUUAUAACGGAUUGGUGGCUUUCACCGGAAAUAAUGAUGAUAAGACCAACUGAUGAUCAAUCAUUUCGAUUGGAUAAUUUAUUAGGAGAAAUAGCUGAUAAUGGUGUUCGUGUAUAUGUUCUAGUUUUUAAAGAAAUGUCAUUUGCUAUGGGUCUAAAUAGUUUACACACAAAAAGAGCUUUAAUUAGAAAAAGUAAAAACGGAUUUAUAAAGGUUAUUCGUCAUCCUGAUCAUUAUCCAAGUGGUGGAGUUUUUCUAUGGUCUCAUCACGAAAAAACGGUUAUUAUUGAUCAAAAAGUUGCAUUUGUUGGUGGCAUCGAUUUAUGUUUCGGCCGUUGGGAUGAUGAUUUUAUGCGUCUUGCCGAUUUGGGUGAAGAUAACAUAACAAAGCUAAAGAUGCCAAUCGAAAUACAAGCUGAAAGACAAGCAUCAGCCAGUGAAGAACCAGAUGAAGAAAUACCAAUGGCUAUGACACAAAUGGCUGCGCGAGCGGGUGCAAGACCAGUUAAGAGAACUGAUCAUAUGAGAGCAGCCGGUGCUAUUGCUUCUAGCAGAGAUGCUGCUGAUAGUAAACAAAUAGAUCAAACUCUUGCUGGUGAACCUGGGCUUCAUGUAAAGACUGCAGCAAAAAAAUGGCUUGAAUCCAAGUUUUCAGGAAACGAUCGAGAUGGAACCGAGAGUGACUCAGAAAAGGGUAAUCGUCGUGUUGCACGCCCACCACUAACGCGUUUACUAACUAAUGCUGAUCGUCAAACUACUAACAAACAAAAUGAACAAGAUUUAGAAUUGCACGCAUUGUCUAAUUGGCGACAUCCAAAAACUAAUUUGAAUCGUUUGCGAUCUCUAGAUCUAGCCGAGACUGGCCAGGGUGAUCACGCUGCUCAUACUAAUGCUAUUUCUUCUCAUCGAUAUCGCUCGCACAAUGCUUUUAAUAAAUUUGUACGUCAGCCAAUAGAUUUUGCACGGCGCGACCCAAUGAAUGCUGAACAAAAAAUACUUGAAGAUGAAGAAGAUGCUAUUCGACGACCAGAAAAAUACGCUCGUAAAUGGAGAAAGCUAGUUAAAAUGAUGAAAAAAGAUAAUGAAGAAGAAGAUUCUGAAGAAGAAGAGAAACCUGAAGAACCACAAUCAUAUGCUGGAUCACCAAUAGUUGUUGAUACAAAACAUCGAUAUUUUGUUGGAAAAGAUUAUUCGAAUCCUUAUGAAAAAGAUUUUAUGGAACUUGAAAGAUUCAACGAAGAUUGUAUUGAUCGAAAAGUAGUACCUCGUAUGCCAUGGCAUGACGAAGCUCUUGUUGUCUUUGGUAAAGCAGCUCGUGAUGUUGCCAGACAUUUUAUUCAACGAUGGAAUAUUCAUAAGUGUGAAAAAUUUCUAUAUGAAGAUUCUUAUCCAUUUCUAUUACCAAAAACAUAUGAUGAUCCAGAUGAAUUACGAGUUAAAAAUUGGGCAGAAUUUCUUGAAGCUAGACCUUUUGAAGUUGAUGCUCAAUGUGUUCGUUCUGCAGGACCAUGGUCUAUUGGAACAAAAAUAAUAGAAAAUUCAAUUCAAAAUGCGUAUAUACAAAUGAUUGAUGCAGCAAAACAUUAUAUUUAUAUCGAAAAUCAAUUUUUUAUUACUAUUAGUGAUGAUAGUACGGUGAAAAAUCAUUUGGCUGACGCACUUUAUCGAAGAGUAUUACGAGCACAUACUUCAAAUGAAAAAUUUCGUAUUUAUGUUGUUCUUCCUCUACUGCCUGGUUUCGAUAAUGUUAAUGCAGUUCAAGCAGUAUUAUAUUUUAUUAUGCGUUCGAUUACCAAAGGUGAUGGAUCAUUGUUUAAACGACUUAUAAAAGCAGGUGUUCCACCCGAUAAUUAUGUUAGUUUUUUUGGUAUGCGCGCUCAUGAUGUACUUAUGGGUCUUUUAGUAACUGAGAUAAUUUAUGUACAUUCGAAAUUAAUGAUAAUUGAUGAUCGUAUGGCAAUCUGUGGUAGUGCUAAUAUAAAUGAUCGGUCAUUGCUUGGUCAACGUGACAGUGAAUUUUGUGUUGUUAUUAAUGAUCGUGAAGAAGAAGAUGGUGUAUUUAAUAGAAAAAAAGUUCGUGUUGGAAAAUUUUGUGGUAGCUGGAGAAGACGACUCUUUGAGAUGAUGUUAGGCAUUCAAUUUGACAAUCCAAAUAAUAUUAAUGUAAAUGAUCCAGUAUCAGAUGAAUUUUAUAAUUACUUUCGCGAUGUUGCAAAAAAGAAUACAUUAAUUUAUGAAGAAGUAUUUGCAACAUUACCAAGUGAUCGUGUUAGAAGAUUUGAUCAAGUUGCACUAUAUACUGAUGCACCAAAAUUAAAAGAAACUGAUCCGUUACUAGCACAAGAAAAAUUAAAACGUAUUCAAGGUGUACUUGUUGAAUAUCCACUUUAUUUUCUUGAUGAAGAAAAUUAUUUACCAAGCAUCAACACUCGUGAAGGUCUUGUUCCUAAUGUCAUGUGGACGUAA